GACAUUAAAAGCCCAAAUAUUUCGAGAACCCUUUUUGUUAUCUCUCUUUCUUCAGGGUACGGGAUUAGAGUCAGUCACACGUUCUGUUCAUCGGAAACUCAAAAUGGCUUCAUCGGCGCCACAGGGAUCUGUCGAUCCACUCACCGGGAAAGAUCCGGCGAAGGCGUUAACUGCUGUAGCGUCUGGAUUCUUCGAUAACGUGAAGAAAAACAGGCAAAGCUUCUUCCAAUUCUUCGCCAUGACUGGAAUCUUGCUUCUGAGCUUCCGAUCUGUAAGUCAAAAGUACCGAAUCCACGAUCUGGAGGAAGACACAGCUGUUCUCAAGAAGGAGCAAGAUAGUUUGACUGAUCGUAUGAGUAAAAUCAAGAGCGAUCUUCUUCACCAAGCUUCGAUUGAUUCCACCGGCGUCUUUGCUUCUCGUCUCCGUCUACUCUUCGGUGAAGAAAAGAAGUGAUCGGAGAUUUUGAUUGAGUUAAGGUCAACGAGGUUACGAAUUUCUUUACUUACUGUUGCGAUGUUAUUUGUAGUUCCAAACAGAUGUCUCUCUUGCCUUGUAAUGGCCGUCUUUAGAUUGAGAGGGUUUUAGCGAUUGAAUGAGUUAAGAGUUUUUAAUGGUGAUGUGAUUCAGUUCAGACAAUGGUGUCUCGUUUUCAAAACCAGGUUCGUGGAAUCAUUUACGUUGUUGUGGCCAGUUUCCUUUGAGGCAUUUCAUCGAACACUUUCACUGCGUUUUAAAACUUUUUUCGUUUGAAGAAUUUUGUGUUAUAAAAGGUUAGCAAUAAGCAUAUUUCAGUGCA